AAUGGGAAUGCGGAAGAGGCGUAUGAUGAUGAUGAUUAUGCGAGUUCGGAAGGGAUGCCGGAUGAGGAUAUCAAUUUCACGCUGCAUUACGCUCUACACACCUUUAUAGCGACGGUAGAAGGCCAAGCUUCGGUGAUGAAAGGAGAUUCGUUGAUCUUGCUGGACGAUACCAACUCGUACUGGUGGCUCGUCAAGGUGCUCAAGACCGAGGAAGUAGGGUAUAUCCCGGCAGAGAAUAUAGAGACGCCUUUCGAGAGGUUGGCUAGGUUGAACAAGUAUAGGAACGUCGAUCUCGCAGCGGCGACGAUGGAAGAACGGCAUCAGGCCUUCGCGCAGCCCGGGAACUACAACAAUCAUAACAACUACAACAACAACAGCAACAAUGCGUCGGGUGGCGGUGGGGACGACUUUGGUGGGGACGAGAAACGCCGGGUCAUCUUUGCCGAACCGACGUAUGUCGAUCAUCCGGGCAAGACCUGGUCGGAUACGAGCGGCGAAGAGAGCGGAUCUGACGAGGACCCCGGGAGCGCGGACGAGGAUGCGCCGGCUGGAUCGGCUGCUGGAGUGGGCAUCGAUCCGGACGAGAUGGAGCCCGACGAUGGGAUGGAAUGGGACGACACUGCGGUCAGGGAAGAACGAGAACGGCGAAGACGUCUGGCGGAAGCUCAACAGCCGCCUCAACGGCCGAUGGUCCAGCAGUCUCCUGCGCACCUGGAGCAUCAGGAACAGAGCGGGAUGGUCGGCGAGACGAGGAUGGAUCCGGCGGAAUUGAGGCCUGAUCAGGAGCCCAAACGGAUCACCAUGACGCCUGCUGUGGCGCAAACAGGAGGUCCACAGCAACAACAGCAGCAUCAAUCGCCAGGACAGCCCGUGCAACAACGUCAGCCUCAGUCGGAGCAAGAAGUGCGGCACCAUCAGCAGCAACAACAAUAUCAGCAGCAGAUGCAUCAGCAAAUGCAGCAACAGCAGAUGCAUGGACAGCAGCAGGAUUCUCGUCUGGCAAAUGGCCAUGGACCUGUGACCAACGGACGACCGUACGCCGGCCAACAACAGCCUCGCGAGAGGGACGCGAGCGGAGCUUCGUCACUCGGGGGCACCUCUAUCAACACCCAGGGCAGUUUCAGGAGCAUGUCCACCUCGCCCGAUUCGUCGGCAGGACGAGAUGACGACGAGGCAGGGAGGAAACCCGGCAAGAAGGACAAGAAGAAUGGCGAGGAGAGCGGGACCAUCGUCAAGAAGAAACGGAGCGGCGUGUUUAGCGGUCUAUUUGGCAAGAAAAAGGACAAGGACAAGAAGAACAAGGACGAACGGUCUGGCUCGUUCACAGAAGGUAGUUCAGCGGCUAGCUUCGAAUCAGAACGACAAUCGCACGACUAUCCUUCGAGAUUGCAGGACUCGCCUGAUAUCCGUAUGCCUAGCCGCGUGACUUCGCCACCCAUGCAGAUGCAAGGGGAUCGGAACCCCUCGCCAUUCCAGCCCGCCCGACCUGCUUAUUCGUCUGGAUCCGGGCAAAACUCGCCUAGCGCCGUUUCACCGCAGGGGAUCCGAUUACAGCAGAUCGAUCAACAACAACAAGCGCUGUAUCAACAAUACAUGGCUCGAUCACCCGGUUCGUCGCCACCUAUCGAUGCGUCGAGGGCUUAUGGUACUCAAGCAGCCGCAACGGUAGCUCAGUCGUCAGCAGCGCAGCGGCUUGCCAGAGCGACCGGAUCGCACAACGGAGCUAGACCCGGGAGCAUCAUACUCAACCCGGCCAAUUCUCAUGGCGGACCGCUAUUGAACGUAUUGCGCAUUUUCUCGGGCGAACACGUCGAUACGCAGUAUACCUUCAAGACUGUCCUGCUGAACGACACGACUACGUCGCGGGAUCUCGUCAAGCAGGCCCUGCAAAGGUUCCGCGUUGAAGGCGCUCGUGAGAGCGAUCUCGAUGAGUAUUUCCUGACGAUCAAAGAGGUCGGCGGAGAAGAAUUGGCGCUCGGUUCCGGCCAGAGACCUUUACAAGCCUUCAAUAUGAUGUGUCAGAGGAUCGGAGAGGAACAAGAUGCGAUGACCAGAACCGUCAAGCGCUCGUCAGUUGGCUCCAUCUCUUCGAUAUCGUCCAACUUGUCGAUGCAUCCGGCCAUCGCCAAGCUCUCGCUCAACGACUUUAGCGAUGACUCGAAUGUCAAGCUAUUCCUCAACCGCCGGCCCCGAGACAGGGAACCGACGAGCUACUUUGGCGACUAUGGCGCGGAAACACCACCAAACCAGCAGGACGAUGCAUAUGCCGAUAGUCCCACCCUUUCAAACGGUCAAGCAGCAGGCCUUCCGCCGUCAGACUCCAUCACUUCGCCUUCGGCACGUUUCACCCUGCACGUUGUUGCCGAGCUGGGCGACUUGCCUGACGGAAUGAUGUUCGACCCACAAAGCGAAGCCAUUCUGCCGAGGUCCAUGGUCAAGGAGCGCUCUGCCACUCAACAGUCGCCUCGACUUCCUCCCGAUGAAGCGCGACAACGGUACCUCUUGCUUUCGAGGACCGCCACAGUCGCAGAAGCCAUCGAAUCGGCCCUUGAGCGAUUCGGUAUCACCGAGGGCGUCGUAGAUGGAGGCGACGAUGUAGAAGACAAGGUCGGCAAACGCAGGAGUAUGUUGCGGGUGAGGUAUGGCCUUGGUGUCAGGACGCAACAUGGCGAUGGUGAGUUCAUGCCACAGUCCAAGUUGAUGGAUGCCUAUGACGUCCCUCCGAUCUUCAAGAUUGCCGACAAGAGCGUGACGAACCGUCGUCGUUCACGCGAAUGGGCUAGGGAGCUUUCUGCACAGGAGCACGAUCUUAGACCGACUGAUCCGGUAUUCUUCCUGAGAAGGAUCGGCCCGAGGACAGUCGGGAUGUCAAACCCUGAAAAACUCCCCAUGGACGAGGUAGCUUUGAAACAGCGUCGAGUGUCUGAUGCCGCAGCUCCUGAGGCGCCAACGGAAAGAGCGAAAACCCCUCAAGAGAUCAUCGCUGAACAACGCGCUGCAACGAAAGCCCGCCAGACGGCCAUCUUGUCGACGCAUCCCAACGCCGACCAGGGAAUCGACGUCGUGGUGGCCGAUCGUGGAGUCGUCCGCAGCUCGCGAAGCUCGAUGAUGGGUCAGGACGAAGUGCGUUACUCGUACAUUAGCGAAGAGGGCGAGACCUUUGACAUUAGCCAAUACGUCCAUGACGAGUGGGUCGACGUUGAAGUCGAUAACGACGCCAAGGUUGAGGAGCUGCGUGCAAACGACCUUUUACAUACGAUCGUCAAAAAGUCUGAGCGGGGAGCUGGUCAAGGGUAUAUUGUUGAAAAGAUAGAUCAAGUGAUCAGCAAGGUCAAUCACGAUCGGGAUCAGCCACAACGCAAUACGCCCACGCCACAGUUGCCCUCUAUUGGUCAAUCCCUCGCGUCCGUCUCAGAGGACAGGGUGCGAGACCAGCGUUCUCUGUCGCCGUCUUCAGACCUGUACGGGCCUGCUAUCCGCGAGAGUACCAUGUCGCCUCAAUUGGAGCCUAUUCCUUCCUCGAUCCGUCAAGCGGUGGAUGAAGCGCCAUCGAGAAGCGCUUCGCGACAGGCGAACAACAGCCCAUUACUGGAAGGCGGUCUCAAAAGCGCGGGAUUCGCUAGCAAGCUUUCGCAUCAGAUCCGGGCUGCUGGCGGUUCGCGACAUCAGCGCGCACAGCCAUCGAUCGCCUCGAUACUGUCCGACGUGUCUACCUCUGCGCCCCGGAGAGAUGUCGCGCCGCCUACAAGUGGCUCGUCCAUUGCGGCCCGAUAUGCUAGGUCGGCGGCGCCUCUGAGCCAGACGUGGGCCAAGCCCAAAACGCCCGUACGUAACAAGGACGACUUUGGCUUCUCCAGCCUUGUAGGCGUCAUUCAAGCAAGGGCGGACCGAGCUCGACCACCUCGACCGGAAAAGCCCGAGCUCAGUGCCAUAGACAAGCGCUGGUUUGGACCCAGCCUGACUCCGAGGCAAAUCAACCAACUUCCACCCAGCCUUAGACGUGACUACUUACAAACCAGCAAAAAAAUCGAGGACCUCGAGACCGAAACGGCAGACUUGAUGAAAAAGAUUGUUGCCCUCCGGGUACGGGAGCGCAAGCAGAAGGAGACCGCGGCGAGGGGAGAGGCCGCCGAAAUAGAAGGAAACGAUGUCACGACUACUUGA